AUGCCUACCUUUGAGCAAAUUGUCGCCUUCCUCAUGACGCCGUCGUGGCCCGUCGUGCUCCUCGGCUUGCUCGUCGUCCUCGGCGCUCCGGUGCUGCUGCACGUCGUCCUCUCCCGCAGCGUCACCUACAUUGUGCCGCCCGUCGUGCUCCUCCUCGGCCCUUCCGGCGGCGGCAAGACGGCUCUCCAGACGCUGUACGAGCGCGGCGGCAGCGCGCCCGCCGCCGCCACGCGCACCUCGCAGUCGUCGCAGUCGGUCGAGCUCCACGCGUCCACCGACGCGGCCAACAAGACGACGUACCGCAACCGCGACGAGUCGGACGGCACGUAUACCAAAUUCUUGCUCGUGGAUACCCCCGGCCACGGCAAGCUGCGCAACACGGCACUCGGCAAGCUGCGCCGCGCCGACAAGCUCCGCGCCGUGGUCUUUGUCGUCGACGCCGCGGCGCUCGGCGAGCACGACGUGUUGGCCGCUACGGCGCAGUAUCUGUACGAUGCGCUGCUGGUGCUGCAGAAGAAGGCGACGACGAUGACGACAAGGGGGUCCAAGGACAGGCGCGGCGCCGCCGUGCCAGUGCUCGUGGCCGCCAACAAGAUGGACCUGUUUACGGCGCUGCCCGCAGCCAUGGUGCGCGCGAACCUCGAGGCGGAGAUUUCGCGCAUCCGCGCGUCGCGCAGCAAGGGCCUGCUCGACUCGGGCGUCGGCGCUGAUGAGCUCGGUGCCGAGGAGCAGGACGGCUGGCUGGGCGAGUAUGGCGCCGACAAGUUUUCGUUUGCCCAGAUGCAGGAGUUUGGCAUUGAUGUGGAUGUUUUGCCCGGGACUGUCGUGGCGGAGGAGCCUGACGCGGACAAGUGGUGGUGGUGGAUUGCGCAGAGAAUAUAG